CUAACACCAACCAUACAUAUAUCCUUCAUUUCACAUCCUCACAACACACACCAAUGGCAGCCACAGGAGAAACUCAACCUGCAAAACACCAAGAAGUUGGCCACAAGAGUCUCCUUCAAAGUGAUGCUCUCUAUCAAUACAUUCUUGAAACCAGCGUUUACCCAAGAGAGCCACAAUCCAUGAAAGAGCUUCGUGAAGUCACCGCGAAACACCCUUGGAACUUAAUGACGACAUCUGCUGAUGAAGGACAAUUUUUGAAUCUACUUCUUAAACUUAUAAAUGCUAAGAACACUAUGGAGAUUGGUGUUUAUACCGGUUAUUCCCUUCUUUCCACUGCUCUUGCUCUCCCAGAUGACGGAAAAAUAUUGGCUUUGGACAUAAAUCGUGAAAACUAUGAAAUUGGACUUCCAAUUAUUGAAAAAGCUGGCGUUGCUCACAAGAUUGACUUUAGAGAAGGCCCUGCUUUACCUCUACUUGACCAAAUGGUCGAUGAUGUAAAAUUCCAUGGAUCAUUUGACUUUAUUUUUGUGGAUGCUGAUAAAGACAACUACCUUAACUACCACAAGAGAUUAAUUGAUCUUGUCAAAAUUGGCGGAGUCAUUGGCUACGACAACACCCUUUGGAACGGUUCUUUAGUGGCCCCACCAGAUGCACCACUCAGGAAGUAUGUCAGGUAUUAUAGAGAUUUUGUGUUGGAGCUUAAUAAAGCUUUAGCUGUUGAUCCGAGGGUGGAGAUUUGUCAGCUUCCAGUCGGUGAUGGAAUCACCUUAUGCCGCCGUGUAAGCUAAUCACAAAUCACGUACUAAACUUGAGCAUGCAAUUGCAAGAUUACAAUGCACGACAACUAUUUUCUUUAACGUUUCAUAUAUUCAAAACUUGAUAAAGAAUCAUAUGUACACUUUCUCCUAUGUAAUUCGUCAAAUGUUAAUUAAUGUUAUUUUUCUUCAUUGUACCAGAUGUUUCAUAUUUCAUUUACACCAUACAUAUACCUUCAUUUCAAAUGUAUGGAGAGC